CGGCCACGCGGCUGGCCAUGUCCAGACGCGCCCUGCCGGGGCGGCUCGUGAUGCUGUGCCCGGGUCGCUGCGGAGGCCGCCGUCGGGCUGUGGACAGAUGGGAGGGCUGGCUCCCGUCCUCACUAUCGACCCGGACGCCGAGGUCGUCAUCAUGGGUGACACCAUGAGUGAUGGCCCGUCUGGGAGCGUGUCAAGGAGUGCGGGGGGCCAGGCCCUCACCAAUGACGACGCGCGCCGCCGGAAUGCCUCGCGCCAUGAGGCCAUGGCGAUGCUGGAGGGAGCCGUGCCAGCGAGCACGGAGAUUGACUGGGACAACUUUCAAGAGUUGUUGCUCAGCGAGUCACCACCAAACGCCUCACCGUCUCACGGCAACGGUAGUCCUGACACUACUGACAUGGACCCCUUCCGCGACCAAGAGGAGGUGGAGACGGUCGAGCGGCCUGAAGUCCCUACCCCAUCUCAGCACGCCGUCUUGCCAGCAGUCACGCCUAGUCUACGCGUCGUCUCCAACGACUUGACCGACGCUUCUCUCGUUGUCACGCCCAAGGAAGCUCGCAUCGCAAGACGGAACUCCCGCAUACCAACUCCGUCGCGCACUCUACCCAACAGCGAUCAACCGGCGCCCUUUGCUGCACCGCGCCGGUACAGCAAGCCACUCUCACCAGUGGCCGACACGUUUCCACCAACGCGGUUCCCUUCCGAGCAAAUCACACAACGCUUCCAAGCCGAUGACUCCGGGCCCAACACGCAGCAGGCGCAGCAAGCCUCGCCCGUGCUCCCACUCCGAAUGAGCGCAAUCCCGACGACCAAGAAAGACCGCUCAACAUCCAAAGCGCGCCUCGCCAUGUCCAAAGUCGGGCGCCUGCUGCACCCCAAACGGGACACCAAACUCGCCUCCACCUCCAACUCCAACCCUAAGCGCCCCGACCGCAGCAGCAAGACCAAAAUCAACUUCGUCGAGAAGCCGCUGGUCGUGCCCUCCCGUCAUGCUGAGCACCACGCGCCGCUACAUCGCAGGCCCUCACAGCAGCCCACGGCCAGCGCGUUCGCGCAUCAUGCGCGCAUGCCGGGCGGGCGGGGCUCUGCUGCUACUAUUUCUACUGCUACUGCUCCCGCUGCUCCUCAGGCUGCAGCGCAGCCGCUCCCGCGCUCGCUCGCCGACAAGAAACUCCCCGUGCUGCCUCACACGCCCACGCCCACGCCCGCCGCCAGCAGCACCUCAGGCCACGCCGCGCCUCGCGACACGACUUCAACGCCGUCGCCUAACACCAACACCAACACCACCCAGCCCGCUCACGCGCUCGCCACUCCAGCGGAGAAAGACACCAAGGCCAUGGCGCUGUACAUGCUGCAGCAGACGGCGAGCAUGGCGUCAGCGGGCCGUGGGGCUGUGCUGGAUAUCACUUCUCAGUAACAGCCGCGCAAGAAUCGCGCAUCGCAGAGGAGCGCGCGCGGCAGGCUGCGUCGGAGGCGAGCGUUCAUGCGGAGGUGGCGCAGCAGAGCUUGCGCCGGAUUUGUGGGUUGGUGGGGAGUAA